AUGUCGGAAGAACCUUUCACCAACCCCGACCUCAAAAUCCAAGAUGGCUGCAUCAACUACUUCAAAAAUAGGUCACCUCGCAGGCAGAAGGCCCAGUUCUUCUUCAGCAGGACAAUGAAGACGAGCCUCCCCUCCCUCCCCGGCGUCCUCAGCCUUUGUCUGUGGGACCGGCAGACGAUGCUACACAAGUCAGACGGAGCGAUGUUGUCGAGGCUGCUGGGUCUCCUCAUUCUCUCCUCCCUUUGCUCAGCCAUGCUUGUACCCAAUGAAGACUCCAACGAAGAGGACGGCUCCACUGCGGACCCCAACACCUACCACUUGCAAGCCUCAGGCAAGGGGGCGUUGCCUGAGAAGUCUGAGUUGCCUAAGACAUCGGAGCCAUCUCAGUCAUCUAAGAAUACAAACAACUGGUCACCUGCCUCCCGCAGCGGCCUCCUGCCUAUGCCCCCCACAGGACUGCCAUGGCCGCCUGGUGGCAACAUGACUGAUGGCUCCAACAACAUGCGGAUGCUCGGGGCCACCGACCCGGACAUGCCCCCCAUGCCCGAUACGACAAUCUGUGACAUGCUGUUGAACGCACCAGUACCACCACCUAUCGACCAGAUUCCUUUUUUUUGCCUCUGUUCGCACUGUAAGGGCACCGUAGGGCCCAAAGGAGACCGUGGAGACCGGGGCCUUCCAGGUACACCUGGGAGUCCUGGGAUGAGAGGAAUGACAGGCUUCAAAGGUCGUCAAGGAUUCACUGGCCCUCAGGGGAUGAAGGGUCAAAAGGGAGACCUGGGGGAGAAAGGGCAGCCUGGAACUGUCGGUUUCACUGGGAUGAAGGGCGAGCUAGGCUUCAAAGGGGAAAAGGGGGACAGAGGACUGGUAGGCCCUGAAGGUCCACAGGGCCCCCAGGGAGAAACUGGCACUUGCCCUGCCUCCUGCGAUAGUGUACAGGGUCCACCGGGUCUACAAGGCACCCCAGGACCAGCCGGAGCCCGGGGCCUGCCUGGUGUCGAGGGACCUAUGGGACCCAAAGGUUUUAAGGGUGAUAAGGGUGACCUGGGUAGAACAGGUGACCCGGGACUGAAUGGCCAGAAGGGUGAUCAAGGUGAGCAGGGGGUGUGUGAGUGCACAGAUGGGGCAGACGGCAAUGAUGGGCAACCAGGGGAAAAGGGUGCUAAGGGGAAUAAAGGUGACACUGGUCCCAUGGGCAUACAGGGCCCCAUGGGGCUGAAAGGCAAUAUGGGUAACAUGGGUCUCACAGGUCAGCCUGGGCCCUGCACCCCAGCAAUCCAAUCGGCAUUCUCUGCAUGUAUCAACCAGUCAUUUCCGAUGGAAAACAUGCCUGUUCCUUUCCUACACAUCUUUACCAACCAACAGGGGCACUUCAACCCAUCCAGUGGCAUUUACACAGCCCCUGUCAAUGGCACAUACGUGUUCUCCUUCCACCUGGCGGUUGCCGAUAAGACUCUUAAGGUCGGCCUGUUCCGCAACUUCUACCCUGUAGUCAAAUCAACAGAAGCAAGUGACCAGUCCACCACCAGCCAGACUGUAGUCCUCCACCUCAACGUGGGAGAUAAGGUGUGGCUGCAGGUGAAGGACCACACCACCAACGGCAUGUACACCGACAAGGAGAGCAGCAGCACGUUCUCUGGGUAUCUUCUGUACCCUGACUCCUGCGAACUGCCUGUGGGCCGCACCUUCACGCCGUGGGCCCCAGGUGAUGAUGAUGAUUCAGUCUAUAGCUGGAAUGGUCCUAUUCAUACCACCACCCCUUCACCAUAG